AUGCAAUCAGUGACGCUUGUGUCAACAAGUAAUGCGUUCGCAUGCAUACUUCAAUUUGGGAGCGUAUUGUUCUUUGGCAACGGAGACGACACUGCUUCUCCCAAUUGGCAGAACGUCUGCCAGGGUGAGGAGCAGACUACUUCAACGAGUACUUCUAUGACAACAAGCACUUCCGUGACAACCUCAACCCAGCGAUAUGACCCAGCAAAAUUGUUGUACCCAGACGUUUGCCAGAUGUGGUUUUUUUAUGUCGCAAAUGCUAGCACUCUAAUCGAUCGACAAGACGAGUGUUCCGACGUGGCCGCAGAAAUUACCUCAAUCAAGCGAUACACUGUAUUCGACGAAGUACGGGUUGGACCGAAGUACGUCGACGUGUCAGUGUCUGACGAAGGCCUCGCAGGCUGCGUGUUCGAUUUGGGUGGUGAAACCAUUUCUUUUUACGACUCGACGGUUGACGCGCCAGCGUCUCAAAAUUUGAACCCAGUGAGACAGGCGUACGAGUCUUGGCUCGACAUUUGCGACGGCCUUACCACAUCCACUGAGUCGUCCACUGAGACAAGGACUUUCACCGCCACUACAAAAACCGAGUCUUCGAGCACGACAGAAACAACGACGACCGAGACCUCUAGCACGACGGUGUCCACAGCGACCGAGAGUUCUAGCACGAGUGGGACUACGACAACUGAGACCUCCAGUACAACUGCGUCAACGACCACCAAGACCUCCAGCACAACUGAAUCUACGACAACAGGGAGCUCCAGCACGACUCUGUCCACAUCAACCAGGACCUCCAGCACAACCGUGUCUACAACUACUGGGAGUUCUAGCACGACUCGGACUACGACUACCGCAACUUCCAGCACAACUGUGUCAACGACCUCCUGGAGUUCUAGCACGACUGGGUCCACAACGACUGGUACCUCCAGCACGACCAGGACGUCUAGCACGACUGGGACCACGACGACUGGAACUUCUGCCACGACUGUGUCGACAUCCACCAGGACCUCGAGUACGACGGUGUCUACCACCACCGAGACGUCCAGUACGACUGAGACAACGACGACCCAGACUUCUAGCACGACGAAGACCACGACUACUGAGAGUUCUAGCACCACUGGGUCUACCUUCACUGGGACCUCCACAACUACCAGGAGUUCUAGCACGACAGUGUCGUCAUCCACCAGGACAUCUAGCACGACUGCGUCCACAACUACGGGAAGUUCUAGCACGACUGGGACAACGGUUACAGCAACUUCGAGCACGACCAGGAGUUCCACAACGACGCUCACGACGAACACCGCAACUUCUAGCACAACUCUGUCCACGACCACCGAGACCUCUAGCACGACUGAGACCACGACGACUGUGACAUCCAGCACCACAGAGACUACGGUUACCGAAACUUCUAGCACGACUGUGUCUACAACUACUGAGAGUUCCACAACGACGAUCACUUCGUCAACCAUGACCUCUAGUUCAACUGCGUCCACCACCACCGAAACCUCCAGCACGACUGAGACCACGACGACCGGGAGCUCCACCGUGUCUUCUUCAUCUGGGACCUCAACGACAUCGUUCGCCACCACUUCAGCUACAAGUACCAGUUCGGCCACAAGCACUUCGACCGCGACCACAACCAUCACAUCGACCUUCACUCCAGAGCGCUGGUCCGAGAUCCGCUGCACCAUCGGGCUUUCAUUCACCGACAACGUCACCACUGAGAGAGUAGAGAACAUUACUCGGACAGUUCUUGCGAAAUAUUUGAACGCUUCGCAGUCGUUGAUCACCAUCGACUCUAUUGAAGAAGGAGUCGAUACUGAUGUAUCUGGCAGUGGCAGAUUGUUGACCAACGCUCAGAGCAGUUCCAGGCUGCUUUCUGCCACGUUCAACUUCGCGAUGGUCUACAUACUCCUCAUUGCGGGCCUGGACGCGACAACAGAAGCUCAGCUCUUGACCGAUCUAUUCAACGACUCUAGCGUACUCGAUUCGACACUCGCGGAGGUGAUGGCGAGUUCAAAUUUGGGAAACCUAACUGUUUUUUACGCGACCGAACCAGAUGUUAUUUUGUGGUUGUACACAACGGCGACCCUUACGUCGACGACAGCCACGUCCACGACAUGUUGCGUGUGCAAUCUUCCUAUCGUCUCCGACGUGCCUGUGGGACUUUGGGAGGAUGUGACUGACAACGUAUCGGCCAGGCCAGACUUGAUCCGUAUCGAAUGCAUGGGCAUCAGUUGGUUCGACACGUGUAAUCCCAAGUGUGGUCCUGGAUAUGUUGAAGCAGAGCAAAUGGUUUGCACGAACCUGUCAGAAGAAGACAAGAUGGUACCCUCGACGUUCAACGGAACAGCCAGGUGCGAGAGAGACGUCUGUCUGGGCAGCCCGUUCAACGGAACGGUCCCGAUUGGCUAUGAGCCGCCAGAUCAGAAUUGCACAGACAUGCUCUACCAGGGAAGGUGCAAUGUCUCAUGUUCCGACGGUUACACAGACAACGGAAUUACAGUCCAACUCGAGUGCCAGGCCACGACGAUUUGGCCAGACGCGGGGCCAGUAGAGUACGGUUUUGCAAAUGGUUCGGGCCGUUGCACCGAGUUGACUUGCGACGCGGACUCGGUGCCAAACAUGUUGAACGUGAUAGAUAGUUCUGCUUGCGUCGGCACUGCAAGCCGCGCGGGCUGCUCGCCUGUAUGCAACGAGUCAUACGAAUUGGUCGACACAGUCAAUUGUACCAAAGGCCAGUUCGACGAGAUACCGUUGGUUUGCAUACCGUCCGAGCACGCCGAGGUGCUCGAGCUUGUAGAGGUCCUGCACAUCCCGAUGGCCAUCGCCAGUGACGAUCCUGGCUCUGCUGAGGGCCUUACUGCAGUUUGGGCAGACGUACCUUCAAGCAGAGCAGCUAUCGAGGGUUCCAUUGGCAACAUAUUAGGCGUGCUUCCAGGUCAGAUCUUCGUCAAAGGAAUCAAGGACCUGAAUUCAGAUUGGAGUUCUGCCGCUCCGCCAGCUGCGAGGCGAUUGGCGACGCUGCAAGGGCUCUUCUUCGAAGUCGUGAUCCAGCCAACUGAACUCGUCAACCUGUCAACACUGAACGAAAGCAUCAGCAGUCUAGGCGGGAGCCACUUCAUCGACGAGCUCACGGGCGCCCUGCAGGACGCUGGUGUCAGCGAGCCGCCGGGCCUCGCGACGGCCACGUUCAUCGUCGGGCCGAUCGAAUACGCGACCUUCACUCUUCCCGUUGCGCGGUGGAUUGCCCGCACAGCAUGGUCGCUGUGCAACAACAUGUGUGGCGUGGGAGCACACACCCGUGUUGUAGAGUGCGUGGGGGCGUGGGGGAGCAACGCCACCGACUUGUGCAACGCAAAUGCUGGGCCAGGAUUCACUAUGGAGUCGUAUAUGCCCGCCUCUAAGCCUUGCGAGCAGUACAUCUCGUGCAGCUACGACUGGAGCUGCCCCAGCGGCCCUGAUCCCGUAACGGGCGAGGGCUGCGAGGCACAAGCAUCGGCCGUGGCAGUUGCGCUCGCUGUCACGUUCCUCUGCUGUGCGUGCUUGCUCGGCCAGUUCCUUCGGAAAUGGUGGUUGGCUCGGUCCGACCAAAAAACAACAAACAUUGAGUGGACGAGGGAGGAGGUAAUCACCGAAAAGCUCAGCGCACAUUCUGGCAUGCAGGGCUCCGCCGUUUUGAUACCUAAAGGAGGCCGCGGCGACCCGAUUGGGCCAGUGGAUUUGGAUUUCAGCGGCGCGGCGGAAUUUGAGCUUCGGAUGGAGGUGACUACUACAGCAAAGGAUUCGAUACUGGUUGGAAAGGUUUACCGGCGCGGUGGCGCGACAUUGACGAACAGUGUUAAGGCGAAGGCCCUUCUGGUCAGGCAAGGUUUCCCAGCAUGGCAGGUCGGUCAGAAUACCAUUUAUGGAAAAACUUACAUUUCCGAUGGUGAUCGGCAUGAAAUUUCGAUCGCGUAUAGUGCAGAACAUGAUCAGUACAUCCUCAAGGUCGACGGCAUCGAGGAAGCCCGGGGGCUCCACGGCUUCGCGGACAGUCCCGACACCAGCCUUGUCCUCGGAACCGCGAGCGCGCCGAGGGAUGAUGCGUUCAACGAUCUCUACCCUAUCUUCGAACAGCUGCGCAGAGCUGGUGUCGAGGUGUCCCCGCUGGAGGACAGGGCAGAAGAGCCUCUCUUCGACGGCGACAUCGACGGCCUCACCUGGAGGGAGCACGAGCGCAGCCGGGACGGGGGCCCGAUGGUCUGGUGCGCCUACGACCUGCACAUCGUCGGCGCAGAGGCGAUCGGCGAGAAGGCGACGCGGCAGGCAACGGCCAAGUCCCUCCAGCUCUUCUACAGGGGCCAGACCGUGGAGUACUGGUCACAGACCGUCCAGACGUGGGUGAUGGCGGAGGUCACCGCUGCGGCGGGCCAGUACUACGACGAGGCCUUGAAGCUCCACGCGCUCGGCUUCGACGUGUACGUCGGGGCGGCCUCGCAGUCGUCGCUCGGCGUGAGCAUGGCGGACCUGCGCGUGCCUCUCCUGGAGGGCGAGGCCGUGAGCGUCUUCUCCCAGAAGCACGGGGGCUGGUACCCGGCCCGCGUCCAGAGGUCGGGGCACGCUACCGACCCAAAGCGCGGAUACGACAUCAAGCUUGAGGAUGUGAUGGUGCCGUACAACAGGGAUGGGGAAGAGGUGAUGACGUUUUUUAAGUCCGAGUUGCAGAAGGACCUUGCCAGGUACAAGGGCAUGCCUGGACAGGACGACGACGAGCCCGUACUGAAGAACAUGACCCCUAAGCGCCUGAGGAGGCGCUUCAACAAAGGAGAGCGCGUCCUCCUCUACCAGGAUGCCAACAAAGGCCUCGUGGAGGCCGAGGUCCUCCAGGAGGAGGCACAACACAAGCCGGCGACAGAAAGCGUCGUUGUCGGGACGGAGGCGCACCACGACGGCAAGCUGUCCAACAACCAGAGCCCCGAGCGAGAGCUCGCUGGUGGCCGCAGCCUGUCGCCUCGAGGCAAGACCAGCAGCAACGACGAAAGCGCGCAAAGGAAGGCGAGGCGGUAUAAUUUCAGCGAUCAGCGCCACGCAAUAGUCGUUGUGAGGUGCAUCCAGUCCCAGGAGAGAGUGAAGGUGCCAGAGUACGCUCUGCGCAGGCUUGUCUCGUCGGGCAACGAGGAUACCCCGUCCAGGCGGAGGCCACCUAGCGGCACAGGGCCACCGAAGGGAGUCACAAAUGAUUCCUUUCACAAGGAGGAUGCCUUCGACGUCUGA